AGGGGGCGGGGUGUGUUCAUGGCGAUCUAACAUGGCCGAGGAGACGGCGGCUGGAGAGCACUUAGAGUUUCUCAGGGAGCGGCACGUCGGCUUCUUCGAGCGAUGUCUGAAGAUCUUACCCGAGAGGUACUGCUCACUGGAGACCAGCAGAUUGACCAUUGCUUUCUUUGCAUUAUCUGGACUGGAUAUGCUGAGUGCCUUGCAUCUGGUGGAUAAAGCCAGCAUUAUUGAAUGGAUUUAUUCCCUGCAGGUCCUUCCUACUGAAGACAAAUCUAAUCUGUACUGUUGUGGAUUCAGGGGUUCAUCACAUCUGGGAAUCCCAUAUAAUCAAUCAAAGAGUCAUGGUACACAUCAUUUGUAUGACAGUGGUCACAUAGCAAUGACCUACACUGGCCUAGCUAGCCUGGUGAUUCUUGGAGAUGAUCUGAAACGGGUAAAUAAGAAAGCAUGUUUAGCAGGACUUGGAGCCCUACAACUUGAAGAUGGCAGCUUUUAUGCAGUGCCAGAAGGAAGUGAAAAUGACAUGAGGUUUGUCUACUGUGCCUCUUGUAUCUGCUACAUGCUUAAUGAUUGGUCAGGAAUGAACACAAAGAAAGCCAUAGAAUAUAUCAGGAAGAGCAUGUCAUAUGACAAUGGACUUGCCCAAGGAGCUGGACUGGAAUCACAUGGUGGAUCUACCUUUUGUGCCAUUGCUUCACUUUGUCUGAUGGGUAAAUUGAAUGAAGUCUUCUCUGAGAAAGAAUUAAAUAGAAUAAGACGGUGGUGUAUAAUGAGACAGCAGAAUGGUUUUCAUGGACGACCCAACAAACCUGUAGAUACCUGCUACUCUUUCUGGGUUGGUGCAACCCUAAAGCUUUUGCAGAUUUUCCAGUAUACUAAUUUUGAGAAAAACAGAAAUUACAUUUUGUCGACCCAGGAUCGCAUUGUUGGUGGAUUUGCAAAAUGGCCCGAUAGUCAUCCAGAUGCUUUGCAUGCAUACUUUGGGGUCUGUGGUCUUUCUUUAAUUGGAGAGGCUGGUGUUUGCAAAGUACAUCCUGCAUUGAAUAUGAGCAUAAGGGCUUUUCAGCACCUCCAGCACCUGCACCAGACAGCAGAGACUCAGGAGCUGGAGCAACACUCAGAAUCUGUGCCUGACUACACAUGACAAACAUGGUAGCAAAAAAAAUAUAAAACUGAAACUAGGUUGAAUAUUUUUGCCCAAGGAAAAAGCCAUCACCUUAGGAAAAAAAAAGUCUUGUUUGAAUGCUGAGGUUCCAUAUUAAAAAGACAGCUGUACAGAAUGUUCCUUUUAAACAAUUAUCAUUGGUCAGUAAAUAGACCAAUUGCUAUUUGCUCUGAAUUCUGAUAAUGCAUUGAAUAUAUGUUUUGAGUGAGUGGAGGUUUGUCUAUAUUCUGUAAGAAAUCAUUUAUACUAAUUUUCUAAAGAAUUUUGAGCAUUUAAUAAAUAAUAAGU